AUGAAUUGGAAUGUCACCACAAACCCUGAAUUUAUUCUCUUGGCACUAACUCAUCGCCUGGAACUUCAGGUCCUGUUCUUUGUCCUCUUUCUAACCAUCUACAUCAUCACUGUGGUGGGCAACCUGGGGAUGAUGGUGUUAGUUCGAAUCAUUCCCAGGCUUCACACACCCAUGUACUUUUUCCUGAGUCACUUAUCUUUUGUGGACCUCUGUUUCUCUUCCAAUGUGAGUCCUAAGAUGCUGGAGACUCUCAUAGUGGAAAAGGCCACCAUCUCCUACUCAGCCUGCUUGGUGCAGUGUUACCUUUUCAUUACUUUGGCACAUGUGGAAAUGUACAUUCUGGCUGUGAUGGCCUUUGACCGCUACAUGGCCAUCUGCAAUCCUCUGCUCUAUGGCAGCAAGAUGUCUCCCACUGUCUGCACCUCUCUCAUCUCAGUGCCCUAUGUUUAUGGAUCCCUCAUGGGUCUCAUGGAGACCAUGUGGACCUACAGCUUAUCAUUCUGUGGCCCCAAUAAGAUUAACCAUUUCUACUGUGCUGACCCUCCCCUCAUUGAACUAGCUUGUUCUAGUACUUACAGAAAAGAAACAUCAAUCUUUGUUGUUGCUGGGUUUAACCUCACCUUUUCCCUGCUCAUCAUUCUUAUCUCCUAUCUGUACAUCUUCCCAGCUAUCUUCAGGCUUAGCUCUGCAGACAGUAGGCGCAAAGCCUUCUCCACCUGUGGGUCCCACCUGACAGCGGUCACUAUAUUCUAUGCAACUCUUUUCUUCAUGUACCUGACACCACCCUCUGAGAAGUCUGUGGAGCGAGGAAAAAUGGUGGCUGUGUUUUACACCACUGUGAUCCCCAUGUUGAACCCUAUGAUCUACAGCUUAAGAAACAAAGAUGUAAAAGAAGCCUUAAGGAAAGAACUCUUCAGAAAAGAACUUUCUGUGACAGGAGGGGAUGAGAGACUGGGGAAAGAGGAAGAUCAGAAUACUGUCACACAAACUGCUGUUGGAGAAAUUUCCAUCAACAGCUUGGGACACGGAAGGAAGAUGGAGGAGAAGUGUAUCACAGCCCCUCAAGCUGAUAGCUUCCUGCUGGUCCCUUUUUUCGCCUAUAUUAGGUACUUGGCUUUUGAAAUACAGAACCAAGGAGUGUGGAGCUCAACUGGAGAAGUGAUGAGUGGGAAUGUGACCAUAAACCCUGAGUUUAUUCUCCUGGGACUAACCCAUCGCCUGGAGCUUCAGGUCCUAUUCUUUGUCCUCUUUCUAACCAUCUACAUCAUCACUGUGGUGGGCAACCUGGGGAUGAUGGUGUUAGUGCGAAUCACUCCCAGGCUUCACACACCCAUGUACUUUUUCCUGAGUCACUUAUCUUUUGUGGAUCUCUGUUUCUCUUCCAAUGUGAGUCCUAAGAUGCUGGAGACUUUCAUAGUGGAAAAGGCCACCAUCUCCUACUCAGCCUGUUUGGUGCAGUGUUACCUUUUCAUUGCUUUGGUCCAUGUGGAAAUCUACAUUCUGGCUGUGAUGGCCUUUGACCGCUACAUGGCCAUCUGCAAUCCUCUGCUCUAUGGCAGCAAGAUGUCUCCCACUGUCUGCACCUCUCUCAUCUCAGUGCCCUAUGUCUAUGGCUCCCUCACAGGUCUCAUGGAGACUAUGUGGACCUAUAGCUUAUCAUUCUGUGGCCCCAAUAAGAUUAACCAUUUCUACUGUGCUGACCCUCCUCUCAUCAAGUUAGCUUGUUCUAGUACUUACAGAAAAGAAACAUCCAUGUUUGUUGUUGCUGGGUUUAACCUCACCUUUUCCCUGCUCAUCAUUCUUAUCUCCUAUCUGUACAUCUUCCCAGCUAUCUUCAGGAUUAGCUCUGCAGACAGCAGGCGCAAAGCCUUCUCCACCUGUGGGUCCCACCUGACAGCUGUCACUAUAUUCUAUGCAACUCUUUUCUUCAUGUACCUGACACCACCCUCUGAGAAGUCUGUGGAGCAAGGGAAAAUGGUGGCUGUGUUUUACACCACUGUGAUCCCCAUGUUGAACCCUAUGAUCUACAGCUUAAGGAACAAAGAUGUAAAAGAAGCUUUAAGCAAAGAACUGUUCAGAAAAGAACUUUCUAAAUAA